AUGAGUGCACAAAAGCGAAGAUCGUUUAAGAAAAAAUUGGAAAAGUACACUUCGCAAAGAAUCGCUUUAUCGGUAAUCGACCAAAAACAGAAAGAGUUAGAUGAGGAAUGUAAUACGAUGAUACGUACAAUUAAGCGUACCGUUGCGGAAGCAUUCGUCGCAAACACCAUUGCAUCUGAGGAAUUUUACUUAAUUUCUGGGAAUUAUUUCACUAAAAUCGAACAAGAAUAUCUACCUGCGGAGAUUGCAAUGGUGAAGUUUUCGUUCGAAAACGGAAUUACCAACAAAUACCACACCUAUGUCGCUCCAGAAAAUAUCCAAAUGGGUUAUCAGGCCGACGCGAUAGAGCAUUCAACAAAUACCCACCGGCUGGCUGUACCUCCUAAUGCCACAGGCGAGAGGAACUAUCAACGUAUUUUGAACGAAAUGAAAAGAUUCAUGGGCGAACCGACGCCGAUUCUUUUUACUUUCGAAGAAAAUAUUGCCAUGAUCAAGUCGUUCAUCCGAUUGUUCGCAAAUUCUGGAAACAAUGACGAUAUUAAGGUGUAUCCGUUGCAUCAGCUAUUCUACGAAAUUAAGGUAAUGACCGCCAAAAACAGUGCGAUGGAGCGACCAUCAUUCGGAUCGAUUAACAUUGCCAAAGAACAUCUGCGACGCUAUGAUUGCGUGUUGACAGCUGGUACUGCAUGUGCGUACCACGAACUGGAUUGUGGGAAACACUGUCCCUUGAGCCAUGUUCAACAUUGGGCGUACAUUUUGUUCCACCACAUUUGCGGCGAUUUGAACAUUAAGCUGAUUUCUGGUGAACAUUCUCCAUGUGAGGGACAAUCAUCACGCUCCGCAAUCGCAUCGAAUGUAGUUACGGGUCUGACUGCUCGGGUCGACCGAGUCUUGUCAGUUCAAAACGACAAAGAUAUUCCGACAUUGGCCAGCCGCAUUAAUCGUAAAAGACCUGGUGGAGCGUUGAAAAGUCCGAAGAUCUCAACAUUUGAUAGCACUUGAAAAUAAUAUUAAAGAACAACACGGAUAACACGACACGAUAACCUGAGGAAAUUUCAACCUUCUUUUUAUUCGAUGAAGUAUUGAAAUCCUCAGGUCAAGUUCGAAAAUGGGUGGUAUCGGUUCAAGCAUCUGGUAAUAGUACUCAAAAGAAGCCUUUUUAUUCUUUGUUAACACGAUAACUUAAGUAAUUCUCAACCGAUUUAAAAAACAUAGCUAAC